UUUGAUCGAUCUCUCUCGUCUUUUUGAUUUUCACUCUUUAGCAUAUAAGAAAUGGACCUGAUAGCUAAAAUCGCCGCGAGAAAGGCUGUGGUGAUAUUUAGCAAGAGCACGUGUUGCAUGUGUCACGCAAUCGAGAGGCUGUUCUUCGAGCAAGGGGCGAGCCCGGAGAUCCACGAGCUCGACCGGGAGUCGAGAGGGAAGGAAAUGGAGUUGGCUCUUUCGAGGUUAGGGUGCAGCCCCGUCGUGCCCGCAGUGUUCAUCGGGGGAAAGCUCAUCGGCUCCGCCAACACCGUCAUGACGCUUCAGCUCAAUGGCUCCCUCAAAAAAUUGCUUAGGGAAGCUGGAGCGAUAUGGCUUUGAUGUUUAAACGUUUCGAAACAAACGUCUCUUUUUUCCCUUGUGUAAAUAUUUCAACGGUCAAAAUAAGCCAC